UUCCACACAAGCAGUUUUAUGGAUCCGCUGCGUCAGCUUCAAGACGCAAGGCAAUCCUUUAGAACUAGAAUAGGGCGACGGCAGCCAAGGUGUAGCUAGACUGGCAGUUGAGACUGAUGCAAGAUGGCAACGCUCCUCGGCAUUCCCGAUGGCAUCUGUGCGUCUGCAAACCAGCGGUGAACUGGAGUAGCAUUAGUUGUGCAGAGCGGAGCGAGGCAGCCGAGCGCGCCUGGGGAGGGAAGGCCCUGCGGUCGGGAAGCAAGCGCAGAGGUCACAUUGACAGAGAGAUGUCCACGAGUCCUCGGCCAGACGGGGCUCCUGCCUCGCACGGUCAUCUUGUCAUGGCGCCUUCCCACUCCCUUUGGCCGGACACGGGGUUCGCUGGGACACUUGUUGCUGCCACCCUGCUGCUGGCGCUCCUGAGACUCCUGCAGUGGGCGCGCCUGUGGUGGCAGAUGCCCCCGGGGCCCUGGGGACUGCCUCUGGUGGGCUACUUGCCGUGGAUCGACCCCCGCGCCCCUCACCUGACGCUGACGGAGCUCGUGCACAAGUAUGGGCGCGUGUACAGCCUGAAGAUGGGCGGCGUGACCGUGGUAGUGAUCGCGGACCCCGAGCUCAUCCGGGACACGUUCAGCCAGAAGAUCACGACGGGCCGCGCGCCGCUCUACCUCACCCACGGCAUCAUGAAGGGAUACGGCUUGAUAUGUGCAGAAGGAGAUCUGUGGCGCGAUCAUCGAAAGUUCGUGUUGGGUUGAGACCAUGGCAUGAAGAACACGAGAGGCGCCAUGGAGCCUAGAAUUCAUGAAGUAGGAGUUCAGCUCACCAAGGAGUUAGCCGAGGAGAGCGAGGGAAUCGACAUCUCGGGGAAGCUGAUGCACCACGUCGGGAACACCAUGAACCAGUUGAUCUUCGGCCUAACCUACCAGGAGGACGACGGCACGUGGCGCUGGCUGAGGCACCUGCUGGAGGAGGGCACGAAGCUGGUGGGCGUCGCUGGGCCACUCAACUUCCUGCCUUGUCUGAGAUACCUCCCGCAGUACAAUCGCGUCUUCAGUUUCAUCACGGACAACCAGCGCAAGACCCACACCGAGUACCAGAAGAUCAUCUCGGCGCACGAGGAGGUCCUCCAGCAGGAGGCCUCCUCAAGCAGUCACGGCGCUGAGACUCCUGCCGACGAGACCUCCAGGGAUGACGAGGCCAAGGACACGCCCAGGCACAUCGUGGACGCCUACGUGAAGAAACGGAGACAGCUCGGGGAUGACGUCGGCUCCUUCACGUUCAAGCAGCUGCACCACGUGGCCGCCGACCUCUUCGGGGCGGGCUCGGAGACGACCAUCACGACCCUCAAGUGGCACCUCCUGAACAUGGCGCUUUUCCCGGACAUACAAACGAGAAUCCAACGCGAACUGGAUGGACAAGCCAAGGGACGUGACCACGUGACCCUGGGAGAGGGCGAGCACCUGCCGCUAACCCAGGCGGCCAUAAUGGAAUCGCAGCGACUCCGAAGUGUUGUUCCUUUGGGCAUUCCGCACGGCGUCUCGCAGGAAUUGCGCGUGGCUGGCUACAGGGUUCCCCGAGACACCAUGAUUCUACCGCUUCUCUGGUUCGUCCACCACAACCCCGACACUUGGCCCGAUCCGGAGCUGUAUCGACCCGAGAGGUUUCUCGACACGGAAGGCCGCGUGCUCAAACACCCGGCCUUCAUGCCCUUCCAGACGGGCCGUCGCAGGUGCAUCGGGGACGAGUUCGCUAUGAUGAUCCUGUUCAUUUUUACGACCCGGAUCCUGCUCAAGUUCAGAAUCAAGCUCGAGGACGAGUUGAAGGGCGACCCAUCCCAGGAACCAGUGUGCGGCAUCACACUCUCCCCGAGGCCCUUCAAGCUGGUGUUCGAGCCGCGGGAGUCGAAAUGAUGGCGAUGCUGCGGGCAUCGUGGCCAGGUCCACACUGCAUGGCUGUGACACUCCCUUGGAAUAUGUUACUGGAACAUGUUUCGAAUAAAGAUGUAUUUCACAAUUGUUUAGAUAUGUUAUCAGCUGCAUUUACUCAGACUUCUAACGUCGAUUGUUACUAUACCAUUAUGAACCUUUCAAAUAUGGACGCAAACGUACGUACACGACCAUCAUAGAGCACGGGCACAUGAUUUAUUUUUCUCUCGCCCAGAAUAUCAUGAUAUAGUUUCCUUGCAUUUCGUCCAUCCGAUGUGAACAUUAACGAAACUUGCUGACUUAACUUGCAAGUUGAAUGGCUCUUGAGUUUGUUUGAUCUUUAUUUAUUUAUCAUUUAUCGAACUCUCCUGAACUGUAUAUUUCAGAUUUAACAGGGUAUCUUAUUUCUUUGCAUUCUGAUGCCCCUAAUUAUGCACAGACUGUUGUGAUUACUUCUUCCGGGAAACAUAAAAUUGUUCAUAAUCCUGUAAUCAAACCUUAGUUUCAAUUCAUUAUCAGCAGCAUAUAAAACAUGUUAUUGAGCAGAAACACGAGUAUUAGACACCUCAUAAAUGUGCCACCAAAAAGCUGUAUCCAAUUACAAUAAAGCUUCAUUUUUCAUC